AAUAUGAUGUUAUGCUGAUACUGUGAAAAUGUCAAGAAAAUCAACUUCAUCACAACCUAUCCAACGAUUUUCUGACAGAAAUCUGAGAUCUAGUCAGAGAGGAUUUGGUAGAAAUCCUGAAAAUCUUCAUGUGCUUGUCUCUAAUGAAAAACAAAGCAAGGUAUGGCACAGUGAAAAGCAAGAGUCAGAGAGAGAGAAAAGAUCUAGACAUGAAGAACAAAGCAACUUUGAAGGUUCCAAUUUGUAUCACUGGCAAAAUCUAGAUUAUGUACCAGAAUUAAAUAUUAGUACCCCCACUACUGUUGAAACUGAAGAGGUUUCAGAUGCUCCUUUUGAUGAAGGAGAUUUUGAAGAAGUAGAAGUUGCUUCAGACAGAAAUGCAUCUUCAAAAGCUUCAGAAAUUCCUGUUGGAUUUCGAAAAUCCAAACUCAAAUAUUUACGUUACAAAUGUUUCCUCUUUUUCAAGCCUAAAGUGUAUGAUAUAUGUCCUCAUCGAACUAUUGUUAAUUGUUUAAAUGUGAAUGAAAAUGAAUCUGUAGAAGUGGAUGUUGUUUCUGAAGCUGAAGCUGAAGGAGAAACUGAAACUUCAAAAGUUAAUUUUGGUCUGGAGGUAAAUGGCAGAGAAGAACUUUUUGAGUGUGAGAAUUUAGAUGUAAAGUGCAAUACUGCAGAUGAAACAAACUCAAACCAAGAUAGUUUUUCCAAUGCUAAAACUCUUGAAGAAACUGACGAGGAGAAAUUUUCCACAACUCGCUUGAAAGCCUCUAAUGAAAAAUCCCAGCUUGUAUCUGAAGGACUGUCUCGGGAGUAUCACACUUGUAUUCCAAAUAAUGAUCCAGCUUCAGGCUUUUACCAGGGUGAAGCAAUAAUUCAAAAUAUACUUAAUGCUUGGACUUCCCAUCUUAUUGGUUUAGAAUAUCUUGUAGAAAUUCGAAAUUCAGGUUCAAACAAAACAUCAGUAAGAAAUUAUCAUUGUGUUCUUUGUGAUGAAGAUCUUUUGAAACCUGUGUCUGGUAAUAAUGUUAUAAAUCACAUCAUUAGCAACAGACAUAUGAUUCACUAUUUGGAGAAGCAUUUUCCGUCUUGUGGUUAUAAUUUCUCAGAGAAUGUGCCGAAUAACAGUAGUGAAAUUGUGCUGCAGAAGUGUUGUGAAGAAAUUAAUAAUAAACUUGGAUAUUAUUAUAUGUGCAUUGCUGAUUAUAACUAUUAUAAGACUCACAAAUUAGAUAUUAAAACUGUUCUUAGUAAUGCUUUUCAUGCUGAUGAAAAGAAUUUUCAUCUUGAGUUUAAAAACCUGGAAAGUGAUAUUAUUUCUAAGGAAGUAAACAUACUUGUUGAAGAUAUUAUGUCGAAAAUUUUAGCUUUUGAAGAAGAAAGUGAAGAAGAAGUGUAUGAAGUAGAUGAUAAUUUUGAUGAUUUUGUUGAGAACAGUCCAGGAGAUGAGAAAGAAAUUGAGGAAUCAAAUGAACUUCAUCUUUCAGACUUUGUAGAGGAUUUGUCUGACAGUGCUUGUGAAAGUGAUAUACCGAAAAUAAAUGAGAUACAAAGUACUACUUCUGAAAUGGAAAAAAGUGAAUCGGGUGAUAAAAAAAUUCAUGUUGAAUCUAACUCUCAAAGUUCUUCCAAGGAUAUUAACUCAGAGUCAUCAAAAACAAAGCAGCCAAACUCUAAUGAAUCUGAUAUCUCUGUAAAUGGGAAGGGGAGAGGGAAAAAAUUUUUUCCAAACAGGAAACCUAGAGGUAAAUUUGCAACAUAUUUAAUGCUACAAAAUGCAAUUAGUUCUAAAGGACAGUAUACAUCAAGUGCAAAAAAUUCAGGUAGUUCUAAAAUAAAAGCAGAGCCAAAUGCCUUGAGUGCUAAAAAUGCUGUUGCCUCUAAAGUUAAAGAAGAACAGAAUACUUCAAGUGUAAAAAGCACAGUUAGUUCUAAAGUUAAAGAAAUAUGCAUUACUUCAAAUGCAGAAAGUGCAACUGGAUCUAAAGUUAAAGAAGGACUUAAUAUUUCAAGUGCAGAUAAUCUAGCUAGUUCUAAAGUUAAAGAAGGACUUGAUACUUCAAAUGCAAAUGACACAGUUAGUCCUAAAGUUGAAGAAGUGCAUAAAACUUUAAAUGCAAAAAAUGAGGCUAUUUCUGAAGUUAAAGAAGUGCAUAGUACUUUAAAAUCAAAAAAUGCAUUUGGUUCUAAAGGUAAAGGAGUGUAUAAUGUUUUAAGUGCAAAACGUACAGGUGGUUCUGUAGUUAAAGGAGGGCAAAAUAGUGGUUCUGUAGUUAAAGGAGGGCAAAAUAUUUUCAUUGGUUCUAAAGAUAAAGGAGUACACAAUGCUGUGAGUUUUAGAAAAGAUUUAGCUCCUCUUAAAUUAAGUAAAAAUAAAUCUGAUAAUGGCAAUGCAUUUUGUGAAACAAAACCUUUUGUUGUAAGCAUUGAAAAAGGGGAGUCUCAUAAUGCAGCAAAAGUUAGUGCUCAUGCAGUAGAUGAAUGUAGAAUUGUGAGAAAAAUUAGCACCAGGAAUAUUUGCACAGUAAAACCAUCUGUUGCAGAAAGCAUUGAAAAAGGUGAAGGAUUCCUCUCAGACACAGGGAAAAUUGUUGCAAUUGGCAAAAUAAAUGAAGAAAGAAUUGUAAAAAAAGUUAGUGUUAGGAAUAAGAACCUUAGUAAACCGAAACCUCUUACUAAGCAAAGUAAUGGAGAGAAACUUCAUCCUAACAUAACUGAAGUUAUUAAUGUACAGAGAACAGAUGAAGGCAGAAUUGUGAAAAAGAUUAGUGUUAGGUCUGCAAAUCUUAGUAAACAGAAAUUUUCUGUUAAAGAGAGUAUUGUGGAAAAUGAAAAUAGUACAAAUAUUACUAAUUUAUAUGCACAAAAUAAAGAUCUUAUGGUAAAAAAAAUUAAUCCUAAGACUCAGGCCAUUCAUAAGCGGAAACCUUCUGAUGAGGAAACCUCUAAAGAAACAACAGAACUUCCUUCUGACACAGAUUUUGCUAAUAUACCUACUAUAAGUGGAGGUAGCGUUGUAAAAAAAAGUAUGAAGAUUAAACACAGAAGCCAUGUGAAACCAGGUUCUCAUUCAAAACACUGCCUCAAAAGGAUUUUGAGUAAAAGUGCUCUGCCGAGAUCAGUUACAGUAGCUAGUGAUAAAAAAGAUUCAAAAUUAAGUAUUACUGUUGUUAAUGCUGAGCAGAAACCUGAUGGUGUUAAACAAUGGGAGAAAGAUGGUUCUGGCUCAAUAAAAAGAAAAGAGACCAAGUCACCUGAUCAUAAAAAAAUUGAUAAGCGGUCUAAAAGCCCGGUUAGAAGAAUAAGAAGUCCCUUGCAAAAUUCUAGUCCUUUGCAUUUGUCUCAUUCUUCUAGAAGACGAUCUAUAUCUCCUUUAAAAAGGCAUUCCAGGAGUCCUCACAGAAGGAGAUCUCCUUAUCGAAAACGUUAUGAAAGUCCACUUCGAAGACGUUCACGAAGUCCAAGAAGUCGACGUGCAGAGAGUUCUUCGAGAAGAUAUUCCAGAAGUCCUGCUUGGGAUUUUUUGAGAAGUCCUAAUAGAAAACGAUCAAAAAGUCCACCAAGAAGGACUUCAAGAAGUCCCAUAAGAAGGAUUUCAAGAAGCCCUUACAGAAGAAGAUCAAGAAGCCCUGUAAGAAGAUUUUCAAGAAGCCCUCGAAGGGCUAGUUCAAGGAGCUCUGCCAGAAAGUACUCUAGAAGUCCUGUAAGAAGGUAUUCAAAAAGCCCAUUGCGAAGGCGUUCAAGAAGCCCUAUUAAAAAGCGUUCAGUGAGCCCUUCUAGGAGACGAAGAAGUCCUUAUAUGCUGCCCUCAAGAAGUUCUCCCAGGCGACGCUCUAGAAGUGUUGAAAGAAGGAAUUCUCAAAGUCCAAGAAGAAAGUCCUACGAAAGAACUUUUUCGAGAAGCCCUAAUCAUACAUAUGGUAAAAGUAGUGACCUACGAGAUUCUCUACAGUAUGAUGUCGAAAAACCUGUUUCACACAAAAGCUAUAUCCCUACACAGAAGUAUUCUAGACCUUUAAAACAGUUUGAAGUUAGUUCUGGGAGAGCUGUUAGUGAUCUGGAUCCUGUAAGUGAUGAAGAUGAAUCUGUAUAUUUUAACACUGGUGAUAAAAAUAAGCGUGGGGAGGAAAUGAAAUUGCCACCUUCUACUCGAAUUGCUCUCACUCAAAUGAUGCGGAAGUUGUCAGGUAUUGAAGUAAAUCCUGAAGAUCCAUCUCUGAAUAAGUUAAUGCAUUUUAUGAAUGUCCAUAGUGCUGAAUUACAACAAAUUUUAGGAACACAGCCACAAAAUAUUGCUGACCAAAAUGUUAUGCCUCGUCCAGUUGAGUCUGACAUACGUUCACGAGCUGACUUUCUUCAGCAAUGCUUAUUAUCUGCUUUGGCUGGAAAUCUACGUAUGCAACAGCCAAAUCAACCGAAUUUUGCAUUCCCUCCUCCUGUAUCUGGUAUACCUGUACCUACAUUUUCACAGCUUCCUUUUCCACCUGUAAGUGGUCAUCCUGUUUUUCCACCAGUUCCAAAUACAAUGCCACCACGCAUCCCUGUUCAAGCUCAACAACCAUAUCCAAGGGUUCAAAAUCCCGGUCAGUCUUUUGUGCAUCCAAAUCAAUUUAAUGCUUUCAAUCAGUCUUCACAUUCAAAGCCUAAUGUCCCAUCUGAAAAUAUGUUUAAAGAUCUAAAAGCAAAAGUUACCAAGUUAUUCGGAGCUAAUGAGGCUGAAAAAAUUGAGAAGGAGAAAACUAUUGCUCCUCACUAUGUAACAGAACCAGAUCCUGAGAAAUGGGAUUUGAAUCAUCCUGCUACUCCAAAGUUUAAUCCAUCAGUUAGCAAAAAAGUUUUUCAGCCUCAGAACAAAGAUAUGAGUUUUCAUGCUACCCCAGAACCUUCCACAAGGCUUAGAGACGGGAAUGCUAUGCCUUUUGCUAAAGGUCCAGGACGCUUUUUCUCUAAUGAUAACAUUAGACCAAACAUUCAGAAAGUACCAGUACCUCCACCUACUGCAAAAGUAGCUUUUUGUGAUGUCACACGUACACCAUCUGAGCGAAAUUUAUUUCCAGUUGUUAAUAAUGCUCCAGGAUCUAAUUUUAGCACACCAGGCACCCAGGGUGGUGUAAAUGAUGUGAAAUUAUCUUUAGCUCAGCGACUUGCAUCUGUUUUAGUGAAAGUAGGAAUGAUGGAUGUUCCAGCUCCUCUCUUGCAAGAAAUGUUGAUGAAAAUUGGUGCAUUUAGUUCUUGUCCUCCUCAAGACAUAAGUGAAACAGAAAUAAUAAAUAUCCUUAGAAAACUUGGUUAUUUAUCUUAAGUAUGAAACGAACUAUAUACAUUAGUUUUAAAAAGUGUUAUGGAUUGUAUCAACUUUAUAACAAAAAUAUGUGUAUUGAAUAAACUAUAUUUUAAAGUCAUGAAUAUCUGUAAAACCUUUUAAUUUAAAAUAUAGCAGAGAUUUUCAUUGCUUGUUUACUCUCCAGUAUUUAAUAGAAGUUUCUGGUUAUGUGGACAGAAUUACAAGAUUUUGUUAUUAUUUAGAAUUUGACAUUGAGAUAUGAUUAAAAAAUAUGUAAUUGAA